GAGUGUGUGAGCAAACCAGGUGUUUUCUCAGCAUCCUCUAACAACCACACACGAGUGCAGGAGAGAGGACGGAGCUCGGCUCAGACGCUCCAGCGCAGGAGACGAUGGCUGACCCUGAAGCGGCACCUCCUUCAGAACCCACCAACCACGAGCCCGUACCCGAGCCAGCAGCCGAGGAAGGUGCUAACAAAGAUGCUGCUACAGAACAGGAGGACAUCGCGCAGAGCAGCGAGGAACCGCCGAAGAGCGACCCAGAAAAGCCUGAAGACCCGGAAAAAGAAGAGGCUGCAGCGGGGGCAGAGGAAGAGAAAAAAGUGAGUGAAGAGCCAGUGGAGGAGAAGAAGGAAGAGAAAGAAGGUGAAGAGGUGGCGGAAGAGAAGAAAGAAGAUAAUGGAGGUGAAGAGGCAGCGGAGGAGGAGAAAAAAGAAGAGAAUGGAAGUGAAGAGGCAGCAGGGGAGAAGAAAGAAGAGCAGGUGGACGGUGAGGAAGGGGAGCCGCAGGAUGAAGAAAAUGCGAGUGAAGAAGGAGGUGAAGAGCAGGAACGUGAAUCCACUCCUCAGGCCAACAGAUACCACACUGUGAGCUACAGGAAGAUUAAGAAAGGAUUUGCCAAGCAGAGGAUCAGCGCAUUCGAAGCCUUGGACUUUGUGGUGCUCCAAGAGGAAGAAGGGUCUGAGGAGCAGCAGGACGGAGCCACAGCAGGAGGAGGAGCAGAUCCGAGCAACGGAGAAGCCGGAGCUGAGAACGGGACUCCUGAAAACGCUGAGGGACAGAAAACAGCAGGAGAAGGAGGAGAAGGGCAGGAUGGAGGAAAAGAGGAAGGAGAUGAGCAGGAGGAGGAGGACGAGUUGGAGGUCGGAGCUGAGGAGGCGUGUGAGGGAUCAGAUGGGAGCAAAGAGAAACGCUCUGGAAUCUCCAAGUACUUCACUGUGAGCUACAGGAAGAUCAAGAAAGGCAUCGCGAAGCAGAGAGUCGACGAGUUUGAGUUUAUGGGCGUGCAGCAAUGAUUUUACACACACACACACACACACACACACACACACACACACACACACCGACACACACACACACACAC